AUGUCAUUGCUGCCACCAGAAGUCCAUUCUGCGCUCUCUCAGCUGCUUCGGGCGCUGACCACGCCCGACAACGCGGUUCGGUCGCAGGCGGAGGACCAGCUGAACAAUGAUUGGGUUCAGAAUCGUCCAGAUGUCCUUCUUAUGGGAUUGGCGGAGCAGAUCCAAGGUGCUGAGGAUGCCGGAACGCGAUCAUUCUCCGCGGUUCUUUUCCGAAGGAUAGCCACAAAGACAAUCAAAGACCCGCGCACGAACGAAACCAAGGAGGUGUUUUCCAGUCUUAAUCCAGAUCAGCGGGUUGCCAUCAGAGAAAAGCUCGUGUCCUGCUUGAGCAGCGAGUCGCUCGCUGAUGUGAGGAACAAAAUCGGAGACGCCAUUGCAGAAGUUGCACGGCAAUACACUGACAACGGGGAGCAAUGGCCCGAACUCCUUGGGGUUCUUUUCCAGGCUAGCCAGUCUCCCGAGGCAGGUCUGCGAGAAGCGGCGUUCCGCAUCUUCGCGACGACUCCUGGAAUUAUCGAAAGGCAGCAUGAAGAGGCCGUUAGCGGUGUCUUUACCCAGGGUUUUAGAGACAGCAACGUUGCUGUACGAAUCGCGGCCAUGGAGGCGUUCGCCGCGUUGUUCCGCUCUAUCCCCAAGAAGUCCCAACCCAAGUUCUUCUCUCUGAUUCCCGAUGUCCUCAACAUUCUGCCGCCGCUCAAGGAUUCCGAUGAGAGUGAGGAGCUUUCAAAGGCCUUUGUCUCCCUGAUUGAGCUCGCGGAGAUUUCGCCCAAGAUGUUCAAGGGCCUCUUCAAUAAUCUGGUCAAGUUCAGCAUCAGUGUCAUUGCGGACAAGGACCUUAGUGAUCAGGUCCGACAAAAUGCCUUGGAACUGAUGGCAACCUUUGCCGACUAUGCGCCAAACAUGUGCAAAAAGGAUCCCAACUACGCCCAAGAGAUGGUCACUCAAUGUCUGAGCUUGAUGACGGACGUUGGCAUCGACGAUGAGGAUGCCUCUGAAUGGAAUGCUUCCGAGGAUCUUGACCUCGAGGAAAGCGAUCUCAACCACGUUGCAGGCGAGCAAGCUAUGGAUCGUCUGGCCAACAAGCUCGGCGGCCAAGUGAUCCUUCCUGCGACAUUCGCUUGGAUUCCACGAAUGAUGUCGUCUUCUGCUUGGCGCGAUCGUCAUGCCGCGCUUAUGGCCAUCUCCGCCAUCUCUGAGGGUUGCCGUGAUCUCAUGGUCGGUGAGCUUGACCAGGUGCUGGCUCUUGUAGUCCCCGCCCUCCAAGAUCCUCACCCACGGGUGCGCUACGCUGGAUGCAAUGCUCUCGGCCAGAUGAGCACCGAUUUCGCCGGUACGAUGCAAGAGAAGUACCAUGCAGUGGUGCUGAACAACAUCAUCCCUGUCCUCGACGCCCCGGAGCCUAGGGUUCAGGCCCAUGCCGCCGCUGCUCUGGUCAACUUCUGCGAAGAAGCAGAAAGGCACAUCCUCGAACCGUACCUUGCGGAGCUGCUGAGACAUCUCCUCCAGCUUUUGCGAAGCCCGAAGCGCUUUGUCCAGGAGCAGGCUCUCUCCACCAUUGCCACCAUUGCAGACUCUGCGGAGACCGCGUUCGGCCAGUACUAUGAUACCCUGAUGCCUCUGUUGUUUAAUGUCUUGAAGGAGGAGCAGUCCAAGGAAUACCGACUACUGCGCGCAAAGGCGAUGGAGUGCGCCACCUUGAUCGCACUGGCAGUUGGGAAGGAGAAGAUGGGGCAAGAUGCGAUGAAUCUGGUUCAUCUUCUCGGAAACAUUCAACAAAACAUUGUCGAUGCGGACGAUCCUCAGUCGCAGUACCUUCUCCACUGCUGGGGCCGUAUGUGUCGUGUCCUUGGCCAGGACUUUGUUCCCUACCUUCCGGGCGUUAUGCCACCUCUUCUGACGGUGGCUUCCGCUAAAGCUGAUAUCCAACUAUUGGAAGACGAGGAUCAGGUCGACCAGGUUGAUCAGGACGAAGGCUGGGAACUUGUCCCGCUCCGAGGCAAGCUCAUCGGAAUUAAGACCAGCACUCUUGAAGAUAAGAACACGGCCAUCGAGCUCAUCACGGUCUAUGCUCAGAUCUUGGAGGCUUCGUUCGAGCCGUAUGUUGCUGAGACGAUGGAGAAAAUUGCUAUUCCCGGUCUCGCCUUCUUUUUCCAUGACCCGGUCCGAGUGUCAUCUGCGAAGCUGAUCCCCCACCUCCUGAAUUCCUACAAGAAAGCUCAUGGCGCUCAAUCUCCGGGCUUCGCUGAGAUGUGGAACAAGGUGGCCGAGAGGAUUAUUGAAGUCCUGAGCGCCGAGCCUAACAUCGACACCCUUGCGGAGAUGUUCCAGUGCUUCUACGAGUCGGUGGAGGUUGUCGGAAAGAACUGCCUUACCCAGGAACACAUGCAAGCCUUUAUCGAGUCUGUCAAAUCCACCCUCGAAGACUACCAGAACCGGGUGAAGGCGCGCCUUGAGGACCAGGCCGAGGCGGAGGACGGUGAGGAGGACAACCUCGAGUAUGAGUUUGCAGUGGAGGACGACCAGACUCUGCUCAGUGACAUGAACAAGGCGUUCCACACCAUCUUCAAAAACCAGGGUUCGUCGUUCUUGCCGGCAUGGCAGCGUCUUCUCCCGAUAUACGAUGCAUUUAUCAACAGUGACGACCCCACGCAGCGCCAGUGGGCAACCUGCAUCAUGGACGACGUGCUUGAGUUCUGCGGCGAGGACUCGUGGGCAUACAAGGACCACAUCCUGCAGCCGCUGGCGAACGGAUUGCAGGAUGCCAAUGCCGCGAACCGGCAGGCUGCGGCGUACGGCGUUGGUGUUGCGGCGCAAAAGGGCGGUCCGCUCUGGAGCGAGUUUGUUGCCGCCAGCAUUCCAAGUCUGUUCCAGGUGACGCAACAUCCGCAGGCGAGAUCGGAGGAGCAUGUGUUUGCAACGGAGAAUGCGUCCGCCAGUAUUGCCAAGAUCCUGCAUUUCAACUCGUCGAAGGUGCAGAACCCUCAGGAGGUGGUGGCGAACUGGAUCAACACUCUGCCCAUCACCAACGACGAGGAGGCAGCACCAUACGCAUAUUCUUUCCUUGCUCAGCUGAUCGAUCAGCAAAACCCGGCCGUCUUCUCCAAUGCCGAUAAAGUCUUUGGUUAUAUCGUUCAGGCACUCGAUGCCGAGACCCUGCAGGGCAACACGGCCAAGAAGGUGGCAGAGUCCGCGAAGAGACUUGUAGGGGCGACCGGUCUCGACGCGGAGCGGAUUUUGGCGGGCGUGAACCCGGACAACCAGAUGACUGUACGGAGCUAUUUUCAGUGA